UGCAAAACAUUUCGUGUUUUUUAUGUUGCAAUUCUUGAAUCUUUAUUUUUUGUCUUUUUCAUGAGACACCUGCACACGUAUCUUCAAUUUUCUUCAUUGUCGCCAAAUGAAAGUUGCUCCACUACUAGAAGAAGUGAUGGACCUUCGCCGGAAAAUUCAUAUUAUAAAUGCUGAACAGUUUUUAAAAACUCGCAACGAGCACACCACUCUUAUCCUUCAAGUGGAGGCAAUGAUUACUGAGUUCUCGCUUCACGUUUUCAAGGAACAUUUUGAGGCGAUUCGGCGAAAAGGAGCGUAUUGUUCUGUUCGUGGAGAAAGAAACUUUGUGCGUUACUCAAAGACACUUACUGAGUUAAACAGCUCCCUUCGUCAUAUGAUUGCUUCCUUCCAUGGUAAUAAUUGAUUUCCCUGAACCAGAUUGAUUUUUUUCAUAUUUUUAUGAUGCUUGCUCAAAGAGGAGCGGUUUUUUUCGAUUUUUAUAUUUUUAACCAUGUCAUUUUAGUUUUAUUUUGGUAUUCUCGCUAAAUUUUCAACUGUUCCUGUUUAAUAAUGUGGCUGAUAUGUUCUUUGGUGUCAAUAAAAAUAAGUUUGAA